ACUCUGGCCUUCGCAAUCUCUCAAACUCAUGACCUUAGAUAGUCAUGAUUGUCGUUUACUUGCGAGUCAUGUUUGUGAUACGUUAAGAUCCAUGGUAACCCUUUAAUCUAAUAUUCUGCAUAUAGUUUGAAGAUCAUCGUCUAAUCCAUGUUAGUUCCACGUUUGUAAGUAAACUAGCAGAUUUCAUACGUUAUGGACCAGAAUAUAUGCAAGUAAGAAAUCUAAAUUAAAAUUAGUGUAAGGUUAUUUGUGAUUUUGAUCACACAAUGUCCAAAUACACUCAAGAUUCCAAAAAGAUCCCUGUUUGUCAUGGUAAUCCCUAUUUGUUUGAGAUAAUAUAGUGAACACGGGAGAAUUGUUCAUGAAAAAUCCCAGAAUUCCUGAGAUAUCUAGAUUACGGCUGAAAGAACUCUCGGAAUUUUAUACUCCGCUUGAAACGUGUAGUGGCAUAUAUGAGUGCGAGAAGCUGUCACUGAUGAUGGAAUUCUGGAAAUUAGCCCAUAAAGCGUUGGUUGACGGGAACGUAUAUCAGAACGAUAUUGAAGCUUGUGUCUUAGACGGUGAAAUAGUACUAAGGAAUAAUACAACUGAUUUUGUAAAUAAGUUGACUCAACUCAGCAUACCUUUAAUUAUAUUCUCUGGUGGCAUAGGAAAUGUUAUAGAAACGGUUUUGAGAUCAUCAGGUUCAUCUUUGGAUAAUGUUCGUGUUGUGUCAAAUUUUAUGGACUUCAAUCCUGAAGGUCGUUUAGUUGGAUUCCAAGAUCCAGUUAUUCAUUCUCUUAAUAAAAUGUAUAAUUUAAUACAAAAUACUGAAUAUUUUGAAACAGUUUUGUCUAAAAGAACUUGUAUUCUGCUUGUUGGUGACUCAACAAAUGAUGCAAAGAUGAUUGAUGAUAGACAAAAAUUUUCUUGUAAACAAGUUCUAGUUAUUCGUAUAGGAUUUUUAAAUGAAAAAGAUGACGAAAAAUUGAAAUUAUUCAGUUCACUAUAUGAUUUGGUUCUUUUAAAUGAUGAAACAUUUGAUAUUCCUUUGUUUAUUUUAUCAUCUAUUCUUAAUUCUAAUAAACAAUACAAAUGUGAAGACACAAAUAAUACUUCAAACAUUUGAUAUUAUUAACUUAAAAGAGAUGGGUUUUUUUUUCAGAAAAAAAAAACAAUACGUGUUCUUA